AUUACAUUUCCGUUUUCUUUUUCAUUUCUGUGCACAUUCUAAAGGGACUUCUAUUUGUUUUAAGUGAAGGGUUGAAAGGGCUUAAAAGAUGAAACUUCUCUUCCUGAUGACUUGUGUAUUGUGCGCAUUUUCGGUUAAUUGUGAUACACCUGACCUGCCAAUUGAGAGGCCAUCAGACAUUCGUACAGAUAUCCCUCCUUCUGAUAUAGUUUCUCCACAGGGCCAAACUAUCAUCAUCGUGGAUGAAGAUCCAAUUAUUGAUUCACCACCCCCACCGCUUCCACCGCCUAUUGCUGACCCGGGCUUACCGAAUGAGCUCAUUGCACGAAAACUUGUCGAUAGUAACAUUGAUCUUAGCUCUUUGGCAAAUGUGGAACCAGAAAAACUAAAUUCUCUUCUUGACAAAUUCUUAAACACAGUGGCUAAAGAAGGUCCCUUUAUGGAUAACCUUCCUAUACCUCCAACUUCCAAUCCUGGAACUCCUUUUGAAGACGUUGUCCCAGAUUCAAGGAUAAAUCAAAUACCAGACAGUACAUUUGGAGUGCCAGAGAGUGGAUCAAUAGAUCAGCAGAUUGAUAGGUUAUUAGAAGGCAUUCAGAAUAAUGCUGAUAGGGAACGAAAUCAAUUAACUGAAACACCUAUACCUACUCCCGAUGCCUCGGCUCCAAUAGUAGACAUACCCAUACCUAGUCCCGAUGUCCCAGUUCCAACUGUUAACAGCAUUGAACCUACACCAGAGACCCCCUUUUCCGAUUUUCCUUCAUUUGAUACAACCGAACUUAACAAGGAACUCAACACAUUAGAGGAAGAUUUCCUAAGAACAUCGGCAGAAACCCAAUUACCAGAUCUAAGACAACCAACAUUACCUCCAGCUAAUAAUCUGAAUUCUGUUUCAGCCGUGAUUCGUGAUUUAGAGGGGAACUUACAGGUAGACACUCCUCCCUCUGAUUUAGGAGACGAGUUCAUAUCGACUGUGAGCGGCACUUCUCUUGACGAUGGAUUUGACAGUGAUCAAGCUAAACGGCUGGCGACUUUAUUAGAGCAGAGGCGUGAACUGCAGCGACGUCUGAGAGAGCAGGAACAGAUUACUUUGAAUUCUCCUGCUCCAAAUCCACUAACUACAAGGAGAGCACCUUUCAGAAACAUCAACCGCGCUGCAAGAGGACAGAUGAAUUUCUUCGAUGAAUUUGGAAAUUCUAUUGACGAUAUUUCUUCAGUUAGCUCCCCACUCAUUGGUAACAGCAUUGGUGUUGGUCGUGAUAUCAUAACUGAUUCUGAGAGUUUACAAAAUAACCGGAUCUUUGAUGCGCUUGCGCAAGCCGGACGAGUAAAUGCCCCCGACAAUAUUCGUCAGAGAUUUACGGAUGAUGACGGAAUUAGGAUUCCUCCACCUUCAACAGAAAUAGCAACUCGAACUCAAGUAAAUAGUGCUUCAGCACGAAUUGCAGAAGCACUGAGGAAUGAUCCAUAUAUAAUGCCGGGGCAAGGUUUAAUGACUGAUACAUCUCGGCAAACGCGGAACGAUGGUAUUCUGUCUUCCUCACAGCAGCAAGAAUUGAAUGCAUUACUGGCACAAAGACAAUUGCUACAAGAUCAGCUCUCUAGAUUAAGUAAUGAUGACAUUCAAUCAAUUGGAGAUAUUCGAGGUAUCCUUCCAACGCCUCGAAACACAAGACUUACAGGCACCGGUGAUGAUGAUAAUCGACUACCAGGAAGAUUGCUAAACUUUGAAUUAAACGAAGGCAGGAACCCGUUAAGAUCUCCACAGGGAACAACUAUCGAGGGAGGUGGACGUAUUAUAGGAUCAUCCACUGAUGAUGGUUCCUUUCCUUUAUUGGGGUUAGGUCGUCUUAGACAACAAAACACCAGAAGAACCAUUCCAUCUUCACAAACAAGAAAUAUACAAAUUCCUAGAAGAGUGACUACUGAUACUUUCUCCGAAAUUGACGAUAUAGAUCCUCGUGUUCUUGGAUUCCAAAACCGCCGUCGAUUAUCUAGCUUGACAAAUACCAGAAUCGGGCCUGUUGUUGGUGACACACAAAGGGCGACUCCUUUGUCUAUUGACUUCAGAAAUAGUUUUGUCGAUACAUUACCGUCUAGUGCACCUACUUCCCUGAGUUUUAAUGAACCAAAUGCUUUAGAACGCUCAUUCAUAUCUGAUGAUUUACGGGAAUCGAGUAUUGAUAGAUCUCGGGCUAGACAGAAUUUGUUGCAAUCUCCUCGUGGAACAAGACAAAUAGCACCAUUUUCCACGACUACUUCUUCGUUUUUGAGGACUCGUUUACCUCCUAGAUUCGACAGAACGCCAUUGCCUUCAUCACCAGUGGAUCUCGAUGACGAUGCCCCUCCAGGACAAGUUGGUGACACACAGUCUCUGGAAAUCAGAAAUCGAGGACGAGAACCCCAAGGAUUUGUAGCCCAAACUUAUGAAGAUUUUCCAGACUUCAAUAGACAAGUUGCUCAACUCAUGAGGGGGGCAACAGGAUUUGGUUCUGUUUCCUUUAGAAACUUUCCAAGCGAUGAUUUCCCAGAAACAUUCAGAACUCUGCCUGUUGGCAAUAUUGGAAAUCGACGAACAGUACGGUUUUUCAGACCACAAAGGAGAACCUCAUUUUCGACGCGAAUAUUUUAAUUGUACAUGUGAUGAUACUGUGAAAAGAGAAUAAUUUGCAUAUAACUAUCUUUUUUCACUGACAAAAGGUUAUAUGUUUCUUGAAAUGGGCUCAAGUUUACGGUGGUUACAAAACUUUAUUACUGAUAUUUUGAGACAUAUUCUCGAUGUUCCUAAGGAAAUGCAAUGCAACGCGUGUAGCAGUAACUGUGACGUCAUCAAGAACACAUCGUAUUUGUUUAUUAAUAUGAUAUGUUAAGACUAUAAAAAACUUUGUAAUGGGCUGAAAAACAAUUGUUCAUACUUGUAUGUGUCCAGGAGAAAAAUUUUUCCAACUUACUGAAGAUGUUUAUCACAUAACAAAGUUUUAAACACAAAAAUAAUCAAUAAUAUCUUCUUACGAAUCUUCAAUGUUUGCAAAUGUAAUACUGGAGUAUAUAUCGAACCAACAUAUACACCUUUGUGUCGAAGAUACUAAUAGAAAAAUAUCAUUAAUGACUCCAGUUUAUUUUCAGUUGUUAUUCAAAUAGAAAAUCCAUAUUGUAAUUUUUCGUAUUGUUUAUCGUUUUUUUUUUAUUAUCUAUUGACUUAAAUUACCUUGUUGUUUUGCUAUAUAUGAGAAACUAUAUGAAAUAAAGAGUGUAAUUUUUCAAA